GCAACACUGCCGAGAAGAGGCCCUGGCAGCGUCCUGCCCCUUGAGCUAAUGGCAUGAUGGGGCACAGCCUUCUCCUCCAGCUGAAGCCUGGCCUCAGAGCCCUGCACUGCCAGGAGUGCCAGUCAUGACGUGCAGCUCCAGCUGCAGCCCCACAUUCCCCCCAGGGACAGAUGCCCCUCUGGGGAAGGCCACAGCAGCUGGACGUCGCUCAGGAAUUGCUGUCCCCCAGAAGCAUGAAGACACGGGCCCAACCCACAGCUACGCCUGGCACGUACAAGGCCCCAUCGUCUCUGAGUGCCACCCCAUGGUGGGCCUGCGGUGUGCUGCAGUGCCCUGUGCUCUCUCCUGUUGGCACCCACAAGCUUGACCUCCUCCCUAGGACCAUGGUGCCAGAGACACCAAGGGCCACUCUCCAGUGCUGGCCCUGGCCUGCUGGGGUCUCAGGCUUGCCCACAGCCUACCACGGAUAAGUACCUGGGGACCAGAGUCUGAUGGGGCCAGGGUGAGGAGCCAUGGGAGCCGGCCAUGUCUCCCCGGGACCAGCUUCUGAGCACAGUGCCCACCCUGCCCCACCCGCCUCUCCAGGCCAGAGGGGAUGCCCAGAGCAUCAAUGAUUCAUGCUUGUUUGUGGCUGCUGCAGCAGCAGGAACAAAAAUAGCUCUGCCGUUGCCCCGCCCCACCAGAGGGGCAGGACAGGGCAGUGGGUGUAUCUGCCCCGCCCCCAGCUGCUGUCUGUCCUUCCACCCAGUCCUUUGCACAGAAGCAGUGGGGGAAGGCUGCAGGUCUGCUGGCCCCUGGCCCCUCACUGCCUUGCUCAAUCCCAAGCUGUGCCCACUCCAGGCGUGGGGUGGAUGACCUCCUCAAAUCAUCCCAAGGACUCCAGUCUGAGGACCCCAGAGGACAGGAUACCUGGGUGCUUCCCAGGGCAAUGCGGGAGCAGCCAGGAUUCUGUGGGGUUCUGGGUGGGGUGCAGGCUGGCCCCUCCUCCCAAGGAUGGGGCAGGGAGGCUCAGCUUGGCAGCAGAGAAGCUGUACCUCACCCCCUGCUCCCCCGUUCAGCGGGUCUGAUGUUCAAGAUAGACUGAGGUGUCCCAAGAGGAGCUGGGAGGGCCGGGACACCUGUAGUCAGGGCACCCAAUGAUGGGGUCACCUGGGCUGCCUCCUUUGAGUCUUGGCUCCCCCAAGGCAACACAUCCUUAGUAGGGCAGCCAGGGUCACUCUGGUCAUGAGCUUCCUGUGACUGCUAUAACAAAUAACCACAAUGCAGUGUGGAAAACCAGCACACAUUUAUUCCUUACAGUUCCAGGUAUUGGUGGGGCCAGGUUCCUUCUGGAGUUUUCAGGGUAGAUCUAUGUCCUUGCCUUUUUCAGCUUCUGGAGGCCACCUGCCUCCCUUGGCUCACGGCCCUGCGUUGCUCUGGUGACCUCUGCUUCUGUCUUUCCAUCAUCUCUCCUGGACUCUGACCCUCCUGCCUCCCUCUUGUAAGGGCAUUGGGCUCAACAGCUGAAUCCAGGACCAUCUGCCCAUCUCAAGAGCCUUAAUUCAACACAAUCAGAUCCUUAAAGUCCCUGUUACCUCGAAAGGUCCCAGAGUCCCAGGUUCUGGGGACCAGGAUGUGGACCUCUCCGGAAGGCGUUUAUGCAGCUACCACACCCAGUGACACAGAUCGGCCCUCCCUUGGCCUGUUUUGUGCCUGGUCAUUGCAUCCUGCACCCAGGGUCCCAGUGCCAACGCACUCUGCACUGAGGUCCAGACAGAGCAUGGGGAACUGACGAGAGUCAGGAGUGCUGGCUCCAGCCCUGGCGACGGUUCUCAGGCCUGCGGGCCUGGGCCUGUUUCCCCACCUGCACCGGAAGCCAACACUCCUCCUACCUCUUUCCAGCUCCCUGGACUGUGAGGAUGGCAAGGACACUGGGUGAGGGGGUCCGAGCCGAUGCUGUCCCCAGGUGACAUGGCAGGAGAGAGCUGGCAUUUGCCACUUUCUGACAGGGUCACCAGGGUUUCUGCCCAGUGCCCUGCAGCCAGACUGCAUUGCUGGAACACUGCACUGCAGCCCUUGUGGCCCUCAGGAAGCAGGAUAAGGGGAAGGAGGCUGCAAUCCAGAGUUAAGAGAAUGACCUCAUCUGGUCAUUUUUAAAAUGAAAAAUUUCGGUAGCUUGGCUGGAAAGGAGCAGGGGGAGCGCAGGAUGCAAACAGGAUGGGCCGCAGAUAGGGCCCGAGGAGGGCACAGGGUGGGUGAACGCGCGCAGGGGGUCGGCCGGGGGCGGGCGGGACAGGGCUUGGCCGGGAUCUGGGGAGGCCGAGGUUAAGCGCGCCAUCGCAGGACUGGGAUGGGGACGGGCAGCUCCCGGGCAUCCGAGGUCAGGGCGCUGGAGGGGGCUGGGCAGGGCACACGCCCCAAGGGGCUGACGGGUCGGGGGCACACACGCACUAAGCGUCCUUCUAAUUAGAAGAGGGUCGCUCCCCGCGACGCGCUACAGCCAAGCGGAAGGCGCGACUCGGCCACGCGAAGAGCCGGCCAACUCCGCGCCCGCGGGGCGCAGGCGCAGGGCGGGGCCGCGCGCGGACGUCACGGCGGCGGACGCCGGAAGCUGGGCUGGCGCGCGCCGUUGCCGGGCAACGGGCCGGCGCGGGCCGGGGCUCCCCGUUACAGCAGGCGGAGUCGGCUCCAGGGCCAAGGCGGGCGCAGGCCGGGCCCGACGCCAGUCCGAGUGCCCCUUCGGAGCCGCACGCCGGGCCCCCGCGGGUGUCUCGGCCGCCCCUCGGACCCGGCCCGGGGCUGCUUACGGCCCGCCCCGAGGGGCCACCCCGAGCCCCGCGACCCCACUCUCGGAGACCUCUGCGCGCCGCGGCCCAGGCCGGACCCCGCAGCUCGACCCCCGCCCGGGCCGAUCCGUCCCCCCGCACCUCCUCGGUCUCCAGCACGCGCCGCUCUCGGACUGGCCGCGGGGGCGUGUGUAGGAGGAAGCCGGGCAGCCGCUCUGGUCACUCCGCCGGGCGGCCAGGCCGUGUACGUGGCUGUGUGCGUUCCGCAGCGGCACUGGGCCCGCGCAAAGCCGCUCGCACCCCCGAGGAAGCCCCCAGCAGCUACGGGGCAGCUGCGGGCGGCGCUCCGGCCCUGUCCCGCCCGGGCAGCGCCCGCACAGCCGUGUGGAUGUCUCCUGAGCACCCUCCAUCGCGUGCAUGCGGGCCCGCGGUACCUGCAUGCAAGGCCAGCAGGGGCUGGGGGGGCAGCCUGGCCAGAUGCCCCGGCUAAGCAGGUCUCUGAGUGACCUCGCACAGGCAGCAGGCGAGCUCUCCGUCCACGAGAUUUCUGAAGACAGACGGGUGCCUGCAAGUGAGGUGCCUGGGAGACAGAGCGGUGACGGUGUGGCGUGCUGGGGGGCCUGCCCCCGCCGUCCUCUGCUGGCGGGGGGCGCCAGGAUCCUCGGGCACCGCGAGGGCUUUUCUACCUGCACUGCCAGUGGUCUGGACCCAGGAGAACCCAGCAGUGCCUGGGGGGACUUUGAAAGCUUUCAGGGCUCUCCGGCCAGGUCUGAACAAUUCUCUCAGUUCUUUGAACUCCCAGAGAGGCCCACUGAACCGCAGCCACCGAGAACCGCCUCUGCCCACGGGGAGCAUGGUGCUCACCAGCCUCACCAAGGUGGACCUUGGUUGACAGGAACCACUGCCGUCACACCUUCUGAGCCCACUCUCAGCUAUGAGAACAUCUUUAGGUUUGCCUUUCAAGAAGUCCCAGUCCAGCAGGCAACUGAAGAUGUUCCCACCUUAGACUACUUCUUAGAAAUGAGCAGUGAAGAGAAGCCUGGUCUUGAAUCUGUACAUAAAUUGUGCUCUGAACCUAGGAGCCUCUGGAGAGCUCUUCAGAGCACGGACGGCUCCCGUGCCUCCCGACGCCUGCGGAGCGGGUCCCACUGCCAGGAGAGCCUCUUUCUUGUCCUCGGAGUAGAUGCUGCUCAGAAGAACCUUUCUAGAGGCCAGGGUCACACUGGGGAAGGUUCCGACCUCGAAGGGCCCAAAGAGCUUGGUGUGCACAGCGUCCGUCUGCACCACUGUAGAGCCCUGAUCCAGACCAAGCUCUCAGGGACGCCUGGGGGCAGGCCGGGGAGCCUGAUCACAUACAGCCUCUCUCUGAAGACCCCCAUACGCGGAAGCCAGCAAUAUAUCGCAAUUCCAGGGAAGAAGAAGCUUUUCACUGCACGGAACCUGAAAAUGACCUUGUUUAAUAGUGAUGUUUGCUAAAGUGGGAGUGCUUUGUACCUUUGAGGAAUUUUGCAUUUUCUUACUGUCCUGGAAACCAGAACUAUUUUGUGGACGGUUCCUGGGAUCUUCAUGGAAGCCAUCCUGCACCCAUCGGCUUCUCGUGGGUCCCAUCAGUUUAGCUGGAGGGCGUGUUGUUCAGCAGAGCCAGGCCUCACCACGAACGUGAGUGAAGGUGGCACUGCCCGUGUGAGUGCUGCUGGCCCCUGGGGGCGCCUGAGAGGGACCCCAGGCCUGGCUGCCUGCGCUGCUCUGCCUUGGACAGCCCAGGAAGCCUCACUCGCCGGUGGGACAGCUGUCGAGGCACCUACGAGGUCCUGAGUGUGCCCCUGUCACACCUCAGCCCUUGCCUGGUGUUCAGGCAGCCACAGGCAUGCGGACUGAAAGGCUGCCUCACCCACAGCCCUGAGCCCCCACCCUGGCCUGCGCCUGUGCCUGCCCCCCCCCCAGCCAGCAGGCUUCCCCUGGCUUCAGCUAGGAAUCCUCCUGAUGCCAGAGCCCAGCUGUCGGCUCUGACUUUUGUAAAAUUUUAUUAAACUAAACAGCCUGGA